AGCGGGAACGGCUUCCUGCGGCCGGAAGUGCGGUCACGGCCCGCCGGCGUGGCGUUCUGCGCGUGGAAUGCUUGGGAGUCCCCGCGGGCGUCGGUACGCGUCUUCGGCACUGGGCCCGUUGCUGUCGGUGCACCAGAUGUGCCUGGACCUGGAGCAGUUGGCGGAUGCUCUGGCCAAGAGGCUGUGCUCGGAACAGCGCUACGUCUACUUUGCCUUCGAAGACUACGAUGCUCACGUGGUAGAGCUCUGUCCCGAGAACGGCACAACCACAAUCCUGCUCUCCCUGCUGGUCCAAGCCGCCGAGUCAAGCCGUGAGGCCACCGGGCCGCAGCAAGGCAGCAGCAGGACCCUGUAUCGAGCGAGUGUCCUCUUCCAGUGGAACAUUGACACAGGACGAUACUGGGUGGCAAAGGUGCGGCCACUUCAGAAGCUGCUGCGGCCGUUUGACGACUCAGAAGGCUGGAAGGCAUCGAGGGAUCUGGUGCAUCGGCUCCAGUGCCACGCCUGGAAUCCAUGUCCCGCCGGUUGUGCUGUCACAGUCUUCACCAACAAACCCGUCCUACGAGGGACUUCUUUGAAGAUGCUUUGGGCACCAGGAUUCCAGAUGGCCAUCACACUGUAAUGGAAGCGGAAGCCAAGCCCAGCCACAGCAAGAGGAGAAAUGGCCGUCCUGAUCAGGAGCCACUACAACCUUGACUUUCCUCACGAACGUUUCAGACAACUUUUGUGGCAGUUUUGGGGGCUUGCCGAUCGAGUCUGCCGUGCUGUAACCACCAAAGAGACUGCAUUUGUUUUAUUUUUCUUAUUGAAUUCGGUGGUUUUAUUGCCCACUCUGUAAGCUUCAGGAUAUCGGCUUCACAGCUUCGCUACCAGGUGCUGUUAAACUAUGUUAUGGUUGCAAAUAAACGGCAGUCUCUAUACAACCCCAUGGCCGUUAGAGCUCCGUGGUCAAGCAUGGAGCUGCAAUGGCCGUGUAACGGCAACUACACAAAGCUGUCAGAAUGGGCACAGCCGUUUAUUUGCAACUGCAUUAAAGUCAAUCAACUCCCAAGUGGCCAAAACAUGAACUGUGACAGUAGGUUUAAAAAGUUUUCCAUUACUGACAAAUGAACCCACAGCUGAACGAGGGUUCUGCUUUUCAGCAGAAGUGUUUACCAAGAAAAAAUUUUGUUUUUGUUUGCUAUUUUUGCGCAUUUAUUUUUUGCAGCCACACAUUUGUAACCAAGCACCAGACAUUUUUUUAGCUGGUUUCCUAUUUUUAUGUAAAAGUUGUCAUAAAACUAAUUACAAGUUUUCGUGCUUUUUUUUUUUUUUACUGAUUUGUGUGAAGAAAUAUGUGCACAACCUGUGCAGUUGUGUGCCACAAGUUGUUUGUGCAUAAGUUUCGUGCAGUCUGCGAACAGCUGCGCACAAUUUCUGCAGCAGUGUACAAACACGUGUUCUUUGCACACUUUUUAAGGCUGCAUCAUUGAUGUUGCCCAUUUUAACAUACACAGUGACUGAAGUUUCUUUUUGACUUCAUCUUAGUUCCUGUGAAAUACUGUAAAACGCUGAGUGAGCUCUCUUCUUCCAAAAAUAUUUAAAUCACCAACUUUGAUAUUACUUCGACUCCGCUAGCACAACCAAAGUCCAUGCGACACCGAAGCACUCGCAAAGACUCAAUGCCUGUGUUGGCCGGCAGGCAACUGACGAUAAACUUAUGAUCGUAUCGAUCGGGGAAAUCAGUAAAUUAUGUACGCUUAAACUUCUUUUCUUGAACUAUUGUUCAAAUGUGCCGAUUGGAAUUAUUUGUUUGCAGUAGUGGUUUUUAUUAGGGAAACAAUAAUGUGCUGUGACUUGAUGGUUUACAAAUGUUGGUGGGUCAUUGCAGUGUGUGGAGGCCACAAAAGUUGCUGUCUGAAAAUGGAUUGGGGGAACCGAGAACACGAUUGGUUGUUGACGCAGAACAAUAAAAUGAUGUCUGUUAUU